UCCUAUUGGUCCAGUCCGGCCUCUCCCUCGUGAUCAGUCUCUUGUUCGCUGGUUUCCUGGUCAGUGCGUCUGAUGCUCGAGUCGGAGUCACGUCUCUGUGGAUAAUCUCAUCGAGCUGUUCUUCUGAAUACAUCGAUAUGAAGGCGCUAAUAGGGCUGCUGCUGUUGGUCUUUGGUCACGGUGUGUCCUCAGUGCUUCACUCUAUGCAGUAUUUCUACACGGCGUCGCGUGGACUUUCAACCUUCCCAGAGUUUGUUGCUGUUGGGAUGGUGGAUAAAGUUCAGAUUGGGUACUAUGACAGCAACAUACAGAGUAUAGUGCUGAAACAGGCCUGGAUAGACCAGUUCCACAGUGAUCAUCCAGGUGAACUGGAGAGGUACACUAGAAUGGUUCAAGGUAACCAGCAGAGCAUCAAAUACGAAUUUGGGAUUCUGAAGAUCUUGAACCAGAGAGGAGGUGUCCACAUUUUUCAGAGGUUGUUUGGUUGUGAGUGGGAUGAUGAGGAUGGUACUGCUGAUGGUAAUGAACAGUAUGGUUAUGAUGGAGAGGACUUCAUAUCGUUUGACCUGGAGACCCUGACCUGGGUCGCUGCAGUACCUCAGGCUGUCCCCACCAAACAGAGAUGGGAUGGGUCACGAAAUUGGAAUGAACAGAAGAAGUACUUCCUCACCAAGGAGUUUGUUGAUUUGCUGAAGGAGCUCCUGGUCUAUGGGAAAAGCACUCUGCAGAGAACAGAGCGUCCGUGGGUGUCUCUGCUCCAGAGGAGCCCCUCCUCCCCAGUGGUGUGCCAUGCUACAGGCUUCUACCCUGACAGGGUGGUGGUGUUCUGGAGGAGAGACGGCCAGGAGCUCCAUGAGCAGGUGGACCCCGGGGAGGUCCUCCCCAACCACGACGGGACCUUCCAGGUCAGCGUGGACCUCAACCUCACGGCCGUCCCACAGGAGGACUGGGGGAGGUACGAGUGUGUUGUCAAGCUGAGAGGCAUCGAGGACAUCUCCACCCCCCUGGACCCCGCCCUCAUCAGGACCAACUGGGAGGACCAGAGUGGCCCCACCGUCCCCAUCAUCAUUGGGUUCCUUGUUCUCCUCCUCGCUGCUGCUGCUGCUGUUGUUGGAGUCCUUCUGUACAAGAAGAGGAACGGUUCUGACACCAGCUCUGAGAACACUGAGGGGCAGAAUCCGGCUCCUGAGGCCCAACCUCUGACUACAGUUCAAAGUUCAAUCGUAAAGGGGCUUCUCAUGUUCAGCUCAAGCCCCGAGGAGCUGUGCAUCAAUCCACUAGUGCUCAGCGGCCAAGCCUGGUAUUGCAGCUGUUUAAGCGGGCUGUGGACGGGUCCCUCGAUUCAAGGGGCCCAGAAGUAGAUAUCUCCGUCACUCCAAUACAAGUGGGGGACAGGAAUGUGUCUCCGCAAAAAAUGUCUGGAUAUCAAUCAAUGGCUCAUAAUUAUCUUUAUGCCAUGUCCUAAAAAAAAUGUAAGUUUUUUCUUUUCAAACAACAACCUCAAGCGAUUUAUUAGCCGUUCUCCUCUAUUUUUUGCUGGAGAAGGAGGGGUGUGCAGCUGAAAGGAGUCGUAGUGAAACAAGUGUUUCGACCUGGCAUCCGAGAGGGCCUAGUUCAGUGCUCGGUUAACGUGUCCGAUUUCUAGACUGGUUCAGCUGCUGCUCAAUAACUCUCGGUCCUCUGCUUGCGAUCAUUGUGAUUCACCAUAUAUUGAUCAAUUUAUUCAAAAGAUCCAAAGACAAAGAACAGGUGCAUUACGGUAUCAAUUUAUAUUAUUGUUAAUAGUCUAAUUAACAUUUCAGCGUUGGUAUUUCCUUUUUCAUUUGCUUGUUUAGCAACUAUGUAUGACAGUUAACAAUGUUGGUGAAUUACAAUUAUUUAUAAUAAUAAUAAUUCAUUAUAUUUAUAUAGCGCUUUAUAUGUGUAGGCCACUCCUACAUAAGUUAUUGAUUGCAUUUUUCGUAAAUAGUUGGAAGGAAUCUGUUUCUUAAGCAGUGUGACACUUGGAGCUUGCAUGACGGAGCACAAGUUGGCACAAAGCACUCAAAACUGCAAAAAUAAAUUGUUCAAUUUGUAACAUGCUUGGCUCUGGCAUGCACAUAAACUGGGGAGGCCACAUGCAGGGUAAAGGAAUAACAAUUAUUUAUUAAAUAAGAUUGAACAGAAACUAAGGUAAAGUUAAUGGGAUGUGGUGUAAGUCAGUAAUAUGUGAUGUAACCAAAAGUGUGGUGUGAGAUCAGUCAUGGAAACAACCAAACAAAAGCUUAAAGCCAGCAGAGGAGAGGAGAUUGGGGGAUUGGCACGGCAGGUCUAUUCUACACUCCCCAAUCAGCAGGGUCAUUGCACACACCUGAGACCUUCUUCUUCUUCUUCUUUCGAGUUUAUUUGGCGGUUGGCAAACCAAUAUGGUGCAUUACCGCCACCUACUGUUUGUUUUAGAGCUUCGAUGGAGGUUAUACGUUAUAAACUAUGCAAAAGAACAAAGGUAAAUAAACAAAAUCAUAUAAAUAGAAAACAACAGAUUAAAUUAUAAUCUGUCAAAUAAACCUGUUGCUUUUAGAUAACUCAAUACAUGUUUCCAUGCUGGUGGUCUCAGUGAGGAAAAGGAGAGUAAACCCUCUAAGGUCAAGCUUGUUUGACCCAAAGCUUUAACAUUUUUCAACAGCUCCCUUCUCUCCAAAUUGUACGCUUCACAUCGUAGUAAAACAUGCUCCACUGUUUCUCUUUGGGCAAACCCCUGUUUCAUGUUUGCCUAUGAUGUUCAUGGUUAAGACAUGUGUGCCCUAUGCGUAGUCUUGUGAUGAUAACCUCACAUCUUCUGUUCCAGCAGCCCUGUCUCCUUGUUACCACCUGCCUCUGGAUUCUAUGCAGGAACCGACCCUUAUUUUCCCUAUCCCAUUGUUCUUGCCACACCUUGUUGAUUUCUGAUUUAAUUAUUGUUUUAACUUCAGAUUUACUUAAUGGAACACCCAGCUGUAUAUCCUGUUUCAGUGCCUUUUUUGCCAACAUGUCGACAACCUCAUUGCCUUCUACUUCAGCAUGGGAUGGGACCCAUAAAAAGCCCACCGUUAUUUGCAUUCUUUCUAUUUUAAACAAACUCUGAAGAACCUCAUAAACUAGAUCAGGCCUACAGGUAGAUUUGCCAUUUGAAAUGCUGAUUAGAGCUGCCAUUGAGUCUGAGAUGUCAAAUGAUGCAUCUACUUGACCUUCCCUCUUCUAUCCACCAGAGAGCCAAUAAAAUGGCUAACAGCUCCACUGUGAAUACUGCUAAAUGAUCUGACGUUCUUUUGAUAAUUGAUACACUAAACUGUGGUAUGUGUACUGCUGCCCCUGUCCUACCUGUGUCUGGGUCUUUUGACCCGUCUGUAAAAAUUUGAAUUGACCCGUUAUACUUAUCACUUAUAUACUGUUGUAUCCUACUAUUCAUCCCUCCAAAUUCAUUACAUUGUUUUGAUUUCUUAAUAAUUUCAAGAUCUACUGUCGGCAUGGGGGAAAGCCAAGGGGGAGUUGCUGGUAGUGGUAGGCUACUGUACAGCUAUGUGUUAAAUUGGAUAUCCCUAACUCCCUGCCAGAGCUAUCUCCUACCCAUCCAAAACUAUUUAGCUUUGUACCCCCAUGCUCCCAGCAUGGCUCUAGAACUGAUUUGGUUGGAUGAUCUUGUGUGUUUCCUUGCAAAUUAGUCCAGUAUGCCAUGGACAACUGCAUACGCCUCAAAUAUAAUGGUAACUCUCCAACCUCCACCUGUAGAGCUGCAACUGAUGAAGUCUUGAAUGCCCCACAACACAGCCGGAUGGCCUGUGCCUGUAUUACAUCACAUUUGGUAAGAUGUGACUUUGCAGCUGAACCAUAUGCAAUACACGCAUACUCUAAUGCUGAUCUGAUUACGGCAAUGUACAUUUGCUUAAGG